CUAGAAACUGGGUUUGAGUGUUUGUGUUGGUGCUCCCGCAAGCAAAGCGGAGGAUGCGCGUGCCGUCUCGAUGAAAAGCAAACCCGACGGACAUGCGAGAGAAAAGCAUUCCGCCAGGGUCGUUCGAGUCUCACAGCAAACACGUACGGUCAAAACGUCAAGACAGUGUGUUUGCAUAGGCACGCAUGAUUCAUGCGUACAUACAAUGUGCAUUAUGAAUACGAGAAACCAGUGCGGCUGUGUUUGGUCAUUUGCAAGGAGUGUGUGGCGUUGAUCUGGUCGUGCGUGUGUGCAUGUUUGUGUACUCUUGCUCGCUCCAGUGUUGGCGUUUUUAGACAAUGCUACAAUCCCCUCUCACACUUGUACCCAUACGUGUUCUCUGCAGCAGUUCUACCUACUCUUCAUUCCCCCCAACAUGUCCAGUUCUACCGAGUUUCUCGUCAAUUUCAUGGCCGGUGGUGUGUCCGGUGCCGUGGCCAAGACUGCUACAGCACCCAUUGAGCGCGUCAAGCUCCUCAUCCAGACGCAGGACGCCAACCCCAAGAUUAUCUCUGGAGAAGUCGCCCGUUACACCGGAAUUGUCGACUGCUUCACCCGCGUCACCAAGGAACAGGGAUUCAAGGCCUUUUGGCGUGGAAACUUGACCAACAUCAUCCGUUACUUUCCCACCCAGGCUUUCAACUUUGCCUUUAAGGAUACCAUCAAGGCAAUGUUCCCCCGGGCCGAUAAGAACACCGAAUUCGCCAAGUUCUUUCUCAUCAACAUGGCAUCGGGUGGUCUGGCCGGAGCCGGAUCCCUCAUGAUCGUCUACCCCCUGGAUUACGCCCGUACCCGUCUCGCCUCCGACGUCGGAACCGGCAAGCAGCAGUUCAGCGGACUCAUGGACUGUCUCAAAAAGACCGUCGCCUCCAGUGGCGUGGGCGGACUCUACAACGGUAUCGGAGUCAGUGUCGUCGGGAUCAUCCCCUACCGUGGAGUCUACUUUGGUCUCUUCGACACCCUCUCGGGAUACAACCCCUACCAAAAGGACGAGAAUGGUCUCUUGCGUGCCGCCUCCAAGUUCGCUUGCGCCCAGAGUUCCGCCAUCUGCGCCGGAUACGCCUCCUACCCAUUUGAUACCGUCCGUCGUCGUCUUCAGAUGCAGUCCGAAAAACCCAAGGAUAUGUGGGUCUACAAGGGCACCGCCGACUGCUUUACCAAGAUCGUGGCCCAAGAAGGAGCCGGAGCGCUCUUCAAGGGAGCCGGCGCCAACGCACUCCGUACCGUCGGAGCCGCCAUGGUCCUGGUUCUCUACUCCGAAAUCACCGCCGCCUUUAACGACAAAUAAGUACGGGACGUACCCUGAGAAAAAUACCCGAUACGAACGUUUACCUAAGACCAAAUCAUUUGUGAUUUC